UAACGUGCAGAGUGAAAGGAGGACAGUGGUGAAGCAGGAACAGAUGAAGUUAAACAAUCAGCAGAGAAAAAGGAAGGACGUUGACUCAGCAGCAGCAGCUCUGAGAGGAUAUAAAGAGGAAGAGGAAGGCUGUGACAGUGUCACUUUGAGCUCAGCUUCGUCUUCUUCUUCUUCUUCUUGUGUUGGUUAACAUGUACUCUGAGGAGGAAACACAGGUGCCCCGGACUCUGGAGCUGAAUGACGGCAGACGGAUGCCUGCUCUGGGUCUGGGCACAUGGAAGUCGUCUCAUUUGCCUCGGAAUAUGAUCCAGGGCGCGGUGGAGACGGCCAUCGCUGCUGGUUACCGCCACAUAGACACAGCGUACUCCUACAAGAACGAGGUGGACAUCGGCAAAGCUCUGUGCUCCAAGAUGAAGCAGGGCAUCAUCCGGCGUGAGGACAUGUUCAUCGUGAGCAAGCUGUGGUGCACCCAUCACGCCCCAGAGGACAUCCCUGAAUGCCUCAACAAGUCCCUGAGUGACCUCCAGCUGGACUACCUGGACCUUUACCUGGUGCAUUUCCCCGUCGGCCUGAUGAAAACCGGUGACGAGCUUUUUCCAAGGAAGGACGGGAAGAUUUUAACCACUGACAUAGACUACGUGGAUGUUUGGAGGGGGAUGGAGGCUCUGCAGGCCUCGGGGAAGGUGAAGAGCAUCGGCGUGUCCAACUUCAGCAUCCUGCAGCUGGAGAGGCUUCUGGCUCUGUGCAAGGUUCCUCCCGCCGUCAAUCAGGUGGAGCUUCACCCCUACAUGGUUCAGAAGGACCUCAUCGACUACUGCAAAUCCAAGAACGUGGUCCUGACGGCCUACAGCCCCUUCGGCUCCCCGGAGAGACCCCAGGAACUGUUCAGAGGAGAAACUGAUCCACACAAACUCCUUCAGGACCCGGUUGUUGCAGAAAUAGCCAAAAAGCACAAACACAGCCCUGCUCAGGUGUUGCUGAGGUACCACGUGCAGCAGGGCAUCGCCGUCAUCCCCAAAAGUGACAAACCUCAUCACAUCCUGGAAAAUACGAAGAUCUUUGACUUCAGUCUGACUGAGGACGACAUGGCAGCGCUGAGAGGACUGAACCGAGGCUGGAAGGCCUGUAUCCUCGACGAGAUCAAGUCUCACCCGUACUACCCGUUCCCAUGAGGACAGAGGACGUUGCUACGGAAACGUCGACGCCGUUUACCACCAACCACCAAGCUGUGAAAUGUUUUCAUUUUUUUUAAUUGAAAAGCGGAACUUAACAAAUGUACAGUUAAACCAGUGAAACAACCUUUUAUUAAUAUACAGAACGAAUGUGAAACAAAUGAAAUGAAAGUCUGCGCUUUGGUGUUUGUCCAAAUAAAAAACAUAAUUUAAGUC